UGUCGGUCCUACUUUUUAGAAAUCCAUACCUUCAAAUCUACGUAGGCCUGUCACAUAAUAUAAAUCAAGGUAUUUUGGUGUAUAUUUUAUACAAAUUUACAAACAGCCAUGUUUAUAUUGUUCUGGUUUAUCUUGGUUCUCAGUUCCUUGGAUGCCAUUUUGGUCAAUGCUAAGGCGAAGGAGAGGGAAAAGAUUGCUGUUGACCCGACCUACGAUUACAACGGAAUCGUGAGGAAUAUGAUUAGAUCUUGGGAGGCGCCAGUUGUGUAUCUCAGAGGUCGCGGCUUCUUGCCCAGUGACUACCAGGAUACAUCGAAAAUCAAACCUAGUCUGGAUGCUUUGAUGCAGCGGCUGGAAGCGAAUAACCAUGCUCAUGAAGGAAUACGCACAAGAAAUAUUAAUGGUGUAUCAAAAGCAAAGAAAGCCUUUGGGUGGGAGCAGCUGCAGGCCUUGAGUAGCAAGUUCAAGAGCAAGCCAGAUGAUCGGGAUGGAAAACAGUUGCCGGAAAAGCAGAUGAAUGCCAAUGUGGCGCCUGCGGUGAAACCCAAUGAGCCGUCAUCGAAAAGAUACGAUAUUAUAUUGCAACGAAUGAUUGAAAAGACGAGGCCAAACCCAGGGCGGCAGCCCUCGGUUAGUUUUCAAUCUGCCAAAGCAUUAGCUCCGACAAAUGAUAAUCCUGGGACAUCGGCUUCGGUCAGUUUGAAUUCGAAUGGGCCGCUCAGCUUUUUGCCUAAUCCAAUUGAUAAAUCAGAAAUGAAUAUGCAAAAAUCUAAUCCACCGGAGGCCCAAGAAACCAAUGUUAAAGAAGUAACACUUGACCUUAAACUAGGCUUGGCACCCACAUUUCUGAACUGGGACAUGAAAAACGGACGACUCAAUCAUUACUCACCCAGCGAAAAGGAGGCCUACCUGAAUAAGUUGCUAAAUGCCUACCGGAAGAAGCUAAACUCGAAGGAGACCAGAAACCCUUCCGAGAACCCACUGGAAGCUGCCGAACUCACACGUUUGUAUCCCAAAAUCUAUGGAAUUCAUCGAUGAAUCAUAAACCAUUUGGCACAUUAAUUAUGGCUAUUUCCUUUCCCCAUGACGAUACCAAGUAAUCCGACGUCAUAUCCAUGGCAUCAUCCAAGAUAUACAUGCUUUUGUUCCCGUUUGUUUACCCCAAAGGAAAUAUCAAAGAAAUCACAGGAUUUGGCUGUUUACCAUGAAUCCGUUUAUACUUUGUUGAUUCUAAAACCAAAUGAAUUAGUUGGUGUUGUGUUCAUUUGGCGGCCACAUGCUAUAACAAAUAUAAAGCCCCUAACAUCUUUAUGGAUGACAAAGUGAGACAAUGAAAUGUUCAGGGAAACAAAAAUGAAAGAAGUCUUGAUAAUCUAUAAUACGUAUACAUGAAAUAUAGAUUAAACAAAAUACUAAAUACACUUUAAUUUACAGGUCAUACAUACCUAUAUCUUGACCUAUUUAGACCUUAACAAGUAUCAGUUUAUUUGGAAAUAAUAUUCAUUGCAUUGCAUACAA